AUGGCCCCACCUACAGGCAUCCACGGCCCGCUACUGCUCGAGGAGCCCCUCGUGCGCACCCCAUACGAGCUACUCCGUCGUAGUCAUCGCAGUGCCCAGAGGCAGGUCGAGAAGGAGUUUACUAUCGUGCAGACCCAACUUUCCAAUCUUCUCAAGAACCUCACCCACACCGAUGCAGACCAGGAUGUGGUCCUAACCCGCCUCGACACAUGCAGCGAGCGCUUCCGCGGCCUCAAGCGCAAGCUCGAUGAUCUGCAACCAGCGCCUGACGCACCGGGUGCCGCAAUGCUCCGCGAGCGCCUCCGACACAUUGACGGGGUACUCUUGGCAUCAGUGCACGCACGCGCCAAGGAGAAGGAAGCAGAGUGGACAAGGGAUCUCGCGCUGUUGAGUGGCAAGACUGACAAGGACGAGAAUGACAAGGAUGACAAGGACGACAAGGCAGAGGAGGACGAAGCCAUGGAAAUGGAAGACGACGCUGGUGACGCGGAAGAGCGCGAGUUGGCAAAGGCAAAAGCGAGAGCAAAGGCGGUCGUGGCCGAGCACUUUGAGAAGAAGUCAACUAGCUCGGUUGGCGCCGAACUCGACAAGCGUGCACCGGGCGACCGCACCGUCGACAGGUACAUUGUCGAGCAUCUGCUACGAACGGGGCGGAUGAAGACGGCCAAGACUCUCGCCGCGACACAGGGCAUCGAGUCCCUCGUCGACAUCAAGCUGUUUGCCGAGCUUAUCCGUAUCGAGACGGCGCUUCUUGAGAGGCACUCUGUGGCCGAGGCGCUCGCUUGGUGCGGCGAGAACCGCGGGACGCUCAAGAAGCAGGGUUCCGACCUCGAGUUCACGCUGCGCACGCAAGAGUUCAUCGAGCUGUGUCGCCAGCGCGCAACGACGGACGCCAUCGCCUAUGCGCGCAAGAACCUCGCGCCGUGGGCCGCCACACACAUGGCCCAGUUGCAGAGCAGCAUGACGCUGCUCGCGUUCGGCGAGACCACUGGUGUACAGGCGUACCGGAAACUCUACGACGCGUCGCGAUGGAACAAGGUCCGGAAUGAGUUCCGUGACACAUUCCUGGGCAUUUACGCUCUGCCGUCGCAGUCGCUACUAGCUCUCUCGCUCUCGGCAGGCCUCUCCUCCCUUCGCCUGCCAGCGUGCGCACCAUCGUCACCACCGACUACGCCCAAGGAGGAUCGCGCACCAGCCCACGCCCAGCCACACCUCAUCGUUCCCUCAGCCGCUGAGCUUACUGGCGCACCUAUCGAGAGGAUCCGCUCGUUCCUUGAGGAGAGCCGAAGUCGCGCGGCCCAGGUCCCAGUUCCCGAGAUGGACGAGGACGAGCACCCUGUGCCCGCGCACAUGGCCAACGUCGACUGCCCUACGUGUGCCGAGGACAUGCGGGUCCUAGCCAAGGAGGUUCCGAUGGCUCACCACGUCAACUCAACGCUCGUGUGUGCCAUCAGCGGCGACGUCAUGGACUCGAACAACGAGCCGAUGGCGUUCCCCAACGGCUCAGUGUACUCGAGCCGCUCACUGACCGAGAUGGCAAAGAACAACUUUGACGUUGUGACUUGCCCACGUACAGGAGAGACGUGCGCGUUCUCGCGCUUGCGCAAGGUGUACAUUUCCUAG